CAGAAUGGGAUUUUUCAAUGUUGCUGCCACGGUCACACCAAUUGGAUGUUUACAAUUUUUGGUCGUGAAUUAAAUAAAAGGAAAUAUAUAGACAAUAUAGAAAACAGGAAGGAUGGCCCACUACAAAGGUGCCGCCAGCGAGGCGGGCCGUGCCGCCCAGCUGAUGAAGAAGCGGGAGAUCCAGCAGCAGGAGAUCGAAUUCCGCAAGAAGAAGAUCGGGGAGGAGCUGAAGCUGGAAAAGAUCGAGAACAAGUUUGCCACCCACUACGAUGCCGUGGAGCAGCAGCUUAAGUCCUCGACCAUUGGCCUGGUCACCCUGGACGAGAUGAAGGCCAAGCAGCAGGAUAUAGUGCGGGAACGGGAGAAGAAGCUCGCCCAAAAGAAGGACGAAAAGGAUCGGGAAAAGCAGCGCGCCCUGGAGGCCAUUCAGGCGGAGAAGAACAAGCAGAAGCGACAGAUUCAGGCGCUCUCCUUUAACCUGGACGAAGACGAGGAGGAGGAGGACGACGAGGAUCGGGACGACGAGCAGCUGAAGAUUAAGCAGGAGGAGAAGACCAAGCCCAAGUGGACGGAGAUCAAGGAAGAAAUACUGCCCAUAAAGAAAAAGAAAAUAUGCAAGAAUCCCGACGUGGACACCUCCUUCCUGCCAGAUCGCGAACGCGAGGAGCACGAGAACAGACUGCGCGAGCAGCUGCGUCAGGAAUGGGUCAUGCAGCAGGCGGAACUGAAGGACGAGGACAUCUCCAUCACGUUCAGCUACUGGGAUGGCUCCGGCCACCGGCGCAGUGCCCUGAUGAAGAAGGGCAACUCCAUCUACCAGUUUUUGCAAAAGUGCCUGGAGCUGCUGCGCAAGGAGUUCAUCGAACUCAAGACCGUAAUGGCCGACCAACUGAUGUACGUCAAGGAGGAUCUGAUCCUGCCGCACCACUACUCCUUCUACGACUUCAUCGUGACCAAGGCUCGCGGCAAAUCCGGCCCCCUCUUCCAGUUCGACGUGCACGACGAUGUGCGCAUGAUCAGCGACGCCUCCGUGGAGAAGGAGGAGUCCCAUGCGGGAAAGGUGCUCCUCCGCUCCUGGUACGAGCGCAACAAGCACAUCUUCCCGGCCAGCCGAUGGGAGCCCUACGAUCCCACCAAGUCCUACGACAAGUACACCAUCAAGGACAAGGAUAAGAGCAAAAAUUAGUCCUUUAAUAUUGUACAAUAUAUCGAUUGAUUUAAUACAUCUCAACAAAAAAUAA